AUGGGGCUCUUCAGACCUGGUACUCCCCAGCACAUACUUCAGGAGGUUUUCCUUAGCACCAGGCGAGGUGCAUGGAUACUUGGUCGGAUUGGAGAAGAAGGGUACCCCAUGGACACAAUUUAUACCACUCGCUAUGUAGAAUUCCUCAGGCGCAUUGUGCCUCUAUCCCUGCUUAACUACUUUGCAGAGAAGAAACUGAAUGCAAAAUUCAACCAUGCAAUCUAUGGUCUGCAGCCUGCGCACAGGCUUUUCAGCCAGCACCCAACCAUCAAUGAUGACCUGCCAAACUGCAUCAUCUCGGGCAAGGUGCUGGUAAAACCAAACAUCAGGGCGUUCACUGAAACCAGCGCCAUCUUUGAAGAUGGCACCAGAGAGGAGGACAUUGAUGUGGUUGUCUUCGCUACGGGAUACAGCUUCUCUUUCCCCUUCCUUGGGGACUGUGCCAAAGUGAUCAAAAACCAGGUCUCCCUGUAUAAAUUUGUCUUCCCUCCUCAGCUGGAGAAGCCAACUCUGGCUUUCAUUGGCCUCAUCCAGGCACUGGGGGCCAUCAUGCCCAUUGCCGAACUCCAGGGUCGCUGGGCAACACGUGUGUUCAAGGGGCUGAACAGAUUGCCUUCAGCAAGCAACAUGAUGGCUGAUAUUGCACAGAAGAAAGAGGAAAUGGCAAAACAGUAUGUGAAAAGCCAGCGCUAUACCAUCCAGGCAAAUUACAUCCCAUACAUGGAUGAAGUGGCCUGCCUGGCAGGGGUCAAGCCCAAACUCCUGUCUCUCUUCCUCAUGGAUCCAAAGCUCGCUGUGGAGGUUUUCUUUGGCCCCUGCACGCCAUACCAGUACCGCCUGAGAGGGCCAGGGAAGUGGGAUGGAGCCAGGAAAGCCAUCCUGACCCAGAGAGAACGGAUCAUUAAACCUCUGAAAACUAGAGUCCUAGCUGAUUAUACAGGUGCCUUGGUGCCUUACUACCUUCAGAUUUUUCUCAUUGUUGCUUUAAUUGCUGUAACUUUUGCUUAUUUUCCUUGGUCCUUUUUUCCCCUCUGACAAGUGUCAUUUUUCAAGCUGUGAGUCCAGUUCAUGGUUUCCCUUCUUUCCUUUGCAUUCAUAUGGGCUGACUGGACUAUAGUGGGCACCUCUGUUGUCAGCUAUCUCAACAAGGUGAGAGCCUGUCUUCUAUGUAGGGCAGGCCUGCACAACUCGUAAAGCGGCGAGGGCCCCAUUACUCCAAAGGAAGCA